AUGUAUAGUACUUUCUCAUGUAUCUUUGUUCCACUGUAUGAAUUCGUAUUGAAUGCUGAGAGUCGAGAUCAGCUGUGCUCACAGCGUGUGAUCGUACGAGUUGAAGACGUCAACGAUGAAUUUCCAAAGUUUGAUAAAGCACAAUAUUCGGCUACCGUCAAAGAGAACUGCAAUGCGACUGAUGAAGAACGCGUAUUUCUGUUAAGGUUGGUUUCGAUAUGA